AUGUCUACACAUAAUUUAUUUGAUACUAAAGUUUUACGAGUUAAACCAGAGUCCAUAAAAUUCCCACCGAAUUCCUUCUUGGAUGGCUCGCUGCCCAUAAUAUCAGACCCAGAGACAGAGGCAGCUCUCAGAGAGGCGGCACGUAUAAUCAGAGAUACAGAUGAUACAGUAGCGUUUCCUACAGAGACUGUAUAUGGUCUAGGAGGCUCGUCUCUAAAUGAUAACUCUGUUCUUAACAUAUACAAGGCCAAAAAUAGACCCAGCGAUAAUCCUCUAAUCUCACAUAUUUCAUCUAUAGAUCAGCUGAACCGUAAAAUAUAUGGGGAUACAAAUGUUAAUCCAUCUGAAUUACUGAAGCAUAUUCCAAAGUCAUAUCAUUGCUUAAUUAAAACCCUCUGGCCCGGUCCUCUGACAAUUCUUCUACCUGUCCCUCCUCAAAGCACUAACACGCUCUCAAAAUUAACAACAGCCGACCAACCAACAUUUGCUGUUAGGAUCCCAUCUAAUCCUGUAGCAAGAGCAUUGAUUGCAUUAAGUGAUACGCCAAUUGCUGCACCAUCUGCAAACGCUUCUACUAGACCAUCGCCAACUCUUGCAUCACAUGUCUAUCAUGAUCUUCAGGGAAGAAUCCCUUUGAUAUUGGAUGGAGGUGCUUGCAAGGUUGGUGUUGAAAGCACUGUAGUUGAUGGUUUAUGCACUCCUCCACUUUUGUUAAGACCUGGUGGCUUCACAUAUGAAGAGAUUAAAAAUAUUGGAGGUGAAUUCUGGGAAAAUUGUAAAGUCGAAAGCACAAAGAGUGUAAAGGCAAAUGAGAAAGUAAGAACACCUGGUAUGAAAUAUAAACACUAUGCCCCAUCUGCUAAAGUUGUUCUUUUAUUACCAUCGGAGGAUAAAAAUAAAGAGAAGAAACUACUAAAUUUUACACAACUAUUUACCAAAGAGGUAAACGAUAACCCUGCAGUUAAAAAAAUAGCUAUUUUGACAACAAAAUAUCUCGAUAAUAUUAAAGAUUCUGAACUUGAAAAUUCCAAAAAUUACGAUUUAAUUAUCAAUACUUUAGGUUAUAGUGGUGAGGAGAUUCAAGCAAACUUAUUUGCAGCAUUAAGACAAGUUGAUGAAAUUGACAAAGUUGAUCUGAUAUUUGUCGAGGGGAUUCCAGAGGAGGAUGAAGGUCUAGCUGUCAUGAACAGACUAAGAAAGGCAGCUGCGAACAACUCCAUAAAGUUUUGA